AAUCAAUUAAAUGAUGAUCCGGUAUAUUAUAUAGAUAAAGUUCGAUUGUCUUGUAGAAUUAAACAGAUCACAAUUAUGUCUACACCUGACCGAUUUGUGCAAUGUCUGUUAAUGUUAUGGCAAAUAUCUGAUGGAUUAUCCGAACAGCAACAGAUAGGGUCUGGUUGUGCAAGUCAGCACGUCAUAGAAUUAUCCGUUACUCCCAGUGCAUCUCUGGAUCUCACAACGUACCUUUCAGAAGAAACUUGUGUCAAUCCCUUCGGCACAUGUACAUCAAUUGAGCCAAGUAUUGCAACAUUGCGUUUAUCUCAAAAUGGGCAAAAAGAGACGGAUCCUUUUGCGAAGAAAAAAAUAUCAGCAUGUUUUGAUCCACGUGACGGAUGGAAAUGGACGUACAUUUCCUCAACCACACUCGGACACGAUUUGUUUUCUUUGGUGUCCGUAGAUGAAACCAUGCUUGUAUUCAAAAUUGGAAUACUUGAUAAUGAAGGAUCAAUAGCUACGAUUUCUACAACAGAAGAAAUAUCAGAUGAACGAACAAACAGACCAACGCCAACUAUUACUCCAAAAAUGACAAGCACACCAGCGACAGUGUGCUCCUUGGAGAGGCAAAUUAAGAUAACUGUUGGAAUAGGUGAGAAGGUAGAACUCAAUGAAUACUUACGUGAUGAAUACUGCGCUAAGAGUCAACAGUCGUGCUCACCAGUCAGACCUACAAGAGGGAACGUGUAUGCUACAAAUAGAGGCAAAAAGCAGAACGUCUUCAGUCCAAAAACCUGG